GCACCAUGUCCCUGGUGGAGACGAUCCGGCUGUGGCAAGAAGGGGUGUGUGCAGCGGACGGGAAGGAGUGGAGGGCAGCCCUGGAUGCUUUCACAGCCGUCCAGAACCCCCCUGCCAAAAUCUGCUUUAACAUCGGCUGCAUCCACCUUGUUCUGGGGAAGCUGCCCGAGGCGGAGGAGGCGUUCACUCGGAGCAUUGGCUGUGACAAGCACCUGGCCGUGGCUUAUUUCCAGCGGGCAACCGUGUUUUACCGAAGGCAGAACCAUGAAAAGGCCAUUGAGGAUUUCAAAGAGGCACUGGCCCAGCUGCGAGGUAACCAGCUCAUCGACUACAAGAUCCUGGGGUUGCGGUACCGGCUCUUUGCUUGUGAGAUACUCUAUAACAUCGCGCUGGUGUACGCCACGACGGAGGACUGGAAGAAAGCUGAGGAAUACCUGACGCUGGCCGUGAGCAUGAAGAGCGAGCCCCAGCACAACAAGAUUGAGAGGGCGAUGGACGCCAUCCUGAAGCAGAAGCUCUGCGAGCUGGUGGCCAUUCCAGCGGGAAAGCUGUUUAGACCAAACGAAAAGCAAGUGGCUCAGCUGGAGAAGAAGGACUACCUGGGAAAGGCUAUGGUGGUGGCAUCCGUGGUGGACAAGGAUGAUUUUUCAGGAUUUGCUCCACUCCAACCACAGGCCUCUAGUCCUCCACCCAGGCCCAAGACCCCCGAAAUCCUCAGGGCCCUCGAAGGGCAGCCGCACCGCGUCCUGUACGAGUUCACCCCCGAGACCGCUGAGGAGCUGCAGGUCCUGCCGGGAAACAUCGUCUUUGUCCUGAAGAAAGAGAAGGACAACUGGGCUACAGUGAUGUUCAAUGGGAAGAAAGGGAUCGUCCCCUGCAACUUCCUUGAGCCCGUGGAGCUCCAGAACAAGCUGCACAUCCAGGAAGAAAUCCCUCUUGAAGCCGAGAUCCCAGAGCCACCCAGCUCCACCGCCCCCAAGAAGCCCCGGCGGCCAGCACCAGACUACGCUCCUGCUACGGCCACACAGCCCAGAGACACAGCAAAGGAGGCCGAAGCAGAUGUCUCCAGCUCCCACGUCCUCAAGGUACAUUACAAAUACACGGUUGCCCUGCAAGUUGAGCCAGGCCAUUCCUACACAGAGCUCCUGGACCUGGUGUGCAAGAAACUGGAGCUGCAGCCUGAGCACACACACCUGAGGUACAGGCCUGCGGAGAGCCAAGCACUGGUGACUCUGAGCGUGGAGAACCUGGAGGCAGCUUGGAGCCAGAGCAAGGACAACUGUCUGACGGUCUGGUGCGACAUCACGGAGGGAGAGGGGUUUUUAGCGGACAGCAAACCAGAGGAGUCGCCGCAGGAGGCAACGCCAGAGGAGCCGGGACCAACCCAAGUUGUAGCGCAGUACAAUUACGAAGCCACCCAGCCCGAAGACCUGGAGUUUCAGGCAGGAGAUGUGAUACUCAUUUUAUCCAAAGUGAAUGAAGACUGGUUAGAAGGCCAGUGCAAUGGGAAGAUCGGCAUCUUCCCAUCCGCUUUCGUUCAGCAGUCUUAA